AUGGUUGAUGGGCUGCUUCAUUAUGAAUACACGAUCCAAGUCGCACGAGCAGAGCAGCACACAGAGGCGAAACACUAUGCCAUCAGCAAGGAUGUCUCCAUCGUCGAGGAUGCGGAUGUGCUUAUCAUGCCCUUGCCGUCGUUUGCGUACUGGGAUAUCCUCAAAGGCAUCAAGAGCCACCUGCGUGAAGGACAGUAUAUCUGCGUCACCCCUGGACAGGGUGGCUUCGAUUGGGUUGCGCGUGACGUGCUUGGAGACGAGCUUUUCAACAAGCUCAUUGUAUUCGCCACUAUGCCCAUGCCGUUCAACUGUCGCAUCACUGAGUUUGGCAAGCACGUCGAGGUGCAGACACUCAAGACGCACUACGUUGUGGGCACUACUCGCAAGGACAGAGCUACGGACGUCCAGAAGCUCAACGAAGGCAUCUUCGGGGGGCAGGCGAAGGUCACCGGAAACUUCUUGAGCUGUACACUGUACCCCAUUAAUGCCAUUAUCCAUCCUCAGCGGUUGUACAGGUUGUGCAAGGACUGGAAGGAAGGUGAUGUGCUGCCCGAGAAUCCACUGUUCUAUGAAGACAUGGACGAUGAGAGCGUCGAGUACAUGGACAUAGUGAAUAAGGAGUUGAUUGAGAUUGCGACGGCGUUACGCGAGCAAGGAACCGAUACUGAAGUGCCUCACAUCUUCGAUUUUCUCAAGUACAUCUAUGGUGACUUUGACAGUCUCAAGCAUAUCUUUGCCGAGAACAACGCUUACAAAGGAUUCCGCUGCCCAUUCAAGGAGGUCGAAGGCGGUUACGUCCCAGACUUCGAGAACCGCUACUUCACAGAGGACAUCCCGGAGGGUCUAUGCAUCUACAAGGGAGUGGCUGAGAUUGUUGGGGUAGAGACGCCCAUGCUUGAUAAAGUGUUUAACUGGGCCUCGAAGCACAUGGGCAAGGAAUAUUUGGUGGACGGCAAGAUGACCGGCAAAGACGUGGGCCAGUCACACGCUCCGCAGCGCUUUGGGUACAGAAAAGUCCAAGACCUGACACCCAAUCUGUAGAUAGCAAGCACGUGUUACGAACACGUACCUCGCAUAUACAAUACACACUACACGCACACGGAGGUGUGUGAGAGGAGCCUGUUCCUAGAUUCGUUUCAAUGCGUUGUAUGCCGAGUUAUGGAUGUACUGCCUGUUGCUGACGGUGGCCAGGUGAUGCGAUACAUGUGGCCCUAUGCAGCGUGCUUCGCCCCACACACACGUCAGUGUCAGUGCAAUCCACACACUUGAGUGUCAGGGCAAUAGUCCAUCGUCCAUGGAGGCUGUGGGUGUGGGCUGUGGGUGUGGGCUGUGGCUCUAUUGGUAGACUGAGAGGUGUACCGAUGUCGUGGUCUUGUGUGUUCGUUGCGGUGGUAGGGGGUGAGCAUGGGCUUGAGUGUCUUUUAAAGAGAUAUGACUUUAUGUUCAAAUGAAGAUGGCCAUGUUCUCGAAUUCUGAGAGAUAUGAACUUGUAUACAUCACCUGUGUGCUUUGGGUUGGGGGUCAUGUGAAUCCGCUAAUCAUGGCACGGCCUUGGGUUAUUCGUCGUCAAAGCAAAGUGCAGGUGUACUUCAUCGCACUCGCACACGCACACCACGUGGUAACGGUGCAACCCAACUGUAACACACACACACGCCGCCAAGGCUUCCAUUGGGGUCAGUCACAUACCUACCAACACAAGGCUAAACAUAAAAAAUAAAAUGGGGUCCAGUGCAUGGUAAUACCAUAGCACAACUAAAUACGGC